AUGUCUUCAGCCGAGCAGAAGACACCGCAAAGCCUCUCUUCACCAGAAGAGUAUGGAAAAUUGCUGGACCGAUACGACACCUGGCUAUUCGAUUGCGAUGGAGUUCUAUGGUCAGGAGAUGAUUUGAUCGAAGGUUCACAAGACGUAAUUAAUCAUUUACGAAAGUCAGGCAAACGAGUUGUAUAUGUGACAAACAAUGCCAGUAAAAGUCGAAAAGCAAUCAAGAAAAAAUUUGAUCAAUUAGGAUACGAAGCAAAAGAAGAAGAUAUCGUUUCAAGUUCUUUUGCUGCAGCAAUUUAUUUAAGAGACGUUUUAAAAUUUCCAAAAGAUCGUAAAGUUUACGUUAUCGGUAUGCAUGGAAUCGAAGAUGAAUUAGACGAAGCUGGAAUACAACAUUGUGGUGGAACGAAUCCGGAAGAUAAUCAACUUUUACCGCCGAUGGACUUUUCAUCUUUACGAACUGAAGAAGCAAUGGAUCCUAGCGUUGGUGCAGUCAUGUGUGGAUUUGAUAUGCAUAUGAACUAUACAAAAUUGUGCAAAGCAUACAAGCAUAUCACCAGAAAAGGUGCAGAAGGACCUGUCGUAGAAGGAGAGAAAGGAGGUGGCUGUCACUUCAUCUUGACCAACGAUGAUUCAACUUUCCCUGCUGGUGGAGGCCCAUGGCCCGGAGCAGGAUCUCUUUCAGCUCCUCUUUUGUUCGCAUCAGGAAGAAAACCUGUCAUCGUCGGAAAGCCAAAUCAACCAAUGUUGGACACGAUCAAAGAACAUUAUCAUAUAGACGAAAAGCGAACGAUCUUUGUUGGAGAUCGUUUGAACACAGAUAUUGCUUUUGCCAAUAAUGGAAACAUUGACAGCCUUCUCGUUUUGACCGGUAUUUCUACCGUAGAGGAUAUCAAGAAGGAAGAGAUCUAUCCCACAUAUAUCAUGGAUAGCCUUGGUCAGCUCAACGAAGCAAAAUAAUCUAUAGAUACUGAGCAUGCUAGAAUACAAUAGAGUUUUAAUAGUCAUCACCUUCCUCUGGCUCGAUGUCGAACAG